AUGAUGUUGCUCACUUUCACAUUUGCGGCUGUUGUUUCUCUGAGCGCACUGGCCUCGGUUGUCCCAACAGAGCGAGCGAGCUCCGUCGAUCUUGACGCCUUUGUGACUGUAGAGAGAUCAAUUGCCCUCCAAGGUGUCCUGAAUAACAUUGGAGCUAAUGGCUCUCUUGCUGUCGGCGCCGCUGCCGGAUAUGUGGUCGCUAGUCCUUCCAAGGCCAACCCGGACUACUUUUACACGUGGACAAGAGACUCGGCAUUGACUCUCAAAAUGGUCGUUGAUGAGUUCCUUCUUGGCGCAACAUACCUCCAGACACAUAUUGAGGAUUACCUGCAUGCACAAGCCGUCCUCCAAACAGUGACGAACCCGUCUGGCACACUUUUGCCCUCUGGCAAGGGCCUCGGAGAACCAAAGUAUAAUGUUGACGGCACCCGCUACAAUGGAAAUUGGGGGAGACCUCAGCGAGACGGUCCAGCCUUGCGUGCGAUUGCAUUGAUCACGUACAGCAACUGGCUGGUGGCAGCUGGCCAAGCCGGACGAGCCAAGUCGGUCGUAUGGCCCAUUAUUUCCAACGACUUGUCCUAUGUCGGGCAAUACUGGAACUCUACUGGCUUUGAUUUGUGGGAAGAGGUGUCUGGGUCCAGUUUCUUCACUAUUCAAAACCAAUAUCGAGCCUUGGUGGAGGGCGCUACUCUUGCGAGCACCCUCGGUGUAAAUUGUACCGGAUGCGACCAGGCCCCCGAGGUGCUCUGCUUUCUCCAGAGUUUCUGGAAUGGCGAUUUCUUCAUUGGCAACAUCAAUACCAACACGGUGAGAAAUGGCCUAGAUGCCAACACCAUUCUAGGAUCCAUUGCAAUCUUUGAUGUUAAUGCGAGCUGCGACAGUGGAACUGUUCAGCCGUGUAGCAGCCGGGGUUUGUCCAACUUUAAAGCCUUUGUGGACGGCUUUCGCAAUGAAUCCCUGUAUCUCAUAACAUCUGGAGCUGCCGAAUAUCUAUACGACGCCAUUGCACAGUGGACCAAGCAGGGCGCCAUCACUAUCGACGACAUUUCUUUGGCUUUCUUUGCAGACAUCUUUCCAGAUGCAAAGCUCAAGACUUAUUCGGCCAACAGCACAUGCUCGGGGUUCUCCCAAAUCAUCGAGGCAGUUCGAGCCUAUGCGGACAGCUUUGUCUCUGUUGUAGAACAAUAUACACCAGUAAAUGGUUCUCUAUCCGAGCAAUUCAACAAGACGGCACCCGGAAAUCCUCUUUCGGCCUAUGAUUUGACUUGGUCGUAUGCCGCCUUUGUCACCAUGGCAGAACGCCGCGCGGGACAGUAUCCUCCAAGCUGGGAGCAAUCCACAUUGGCAGAUUUGCCCUCCGAGUGCUCGGCUUCCUCGAUCAAGGGCGUCUAUGUCCCUGCGUUUGCGGCUGGUGCGCCAAAUGUCUCUACAUCCUGUACAUCCUAUGUGCAGUUUGCAGUAAAUGCCUCGACCUAUUUUGGAGAAAACGUGUACCUGGUGGGCAAUACUUCUGAUCUGGGUGCCUGGGAUGUUGAUAAUGCGCAACCUCUUCUCUCUUCUAAUUAUACCUCUGAACGGCCGCUGUGGUAUGCACCAAUCGCCCUGACGGCAGGAGAGUAUAUCAAUUACGGGUACGCGCGGCAGGAAGACUGUGAUCAGCCAUGGAUAUUUGAGACGGUAAAUAGGACACUUUUGGUGCCAGAGUGCGAUGAGAAUGACGUUGAAGCUAUUCGGGCAGAGACCAAUGAUGCAUGGACCGGGUCUGUUGGCAGCAGUGGUGGAUGUUGA